CAGAGGAGAAGCUACAGUAGAGAAGAUAUGUGGUCAGAUCUCUGUUGGUCGAAACAUUGGUACCACUAGAGUUCUGAGAUCUGGUUGCAAGAUUAACUUCCUUAAGAGGAGGAGGCAGAGAUUAGCCUCACUCGAGAAGAAUAGAAAGAAGCUUGCUCCUGCCCCCAACAAACCGGACACGUUUUUGAUUGCUCCUGGAGUUAGCGUCCUGGCCGGGACGCUUUCUGCUGCUGAAAUUGCCUCUGUCAUUAACAAGUAUGGAUCUCCUCGCCCUAGAAUGGAAAGCAGAUGGAGGAGAACGGAAGUCUUUGCAGUAGCCAAAUGGUCGAGCGCUCCUCAAAAAUAUUUUAGAGAUGCAGUGAUCGAGAUGAUCAUAGAGAAUGGUAUCAACCACCAGGAAGAACUCAAAGAGGUUCUUAUUUGUUAUCUCAGAUUCAACACCGACGAAUAUCAUGUCGACAUGAACAUCAAUAUGUUUCAGCAGAUGUUUAAGACAUGGGAAAAAAAUAUGGAGGAAAGACUAAGGGGGAAACAAAAUGAUACUUAUAGCAAACUUGGGAGUGAAGAAACUGGUGUCUCAGUGGAAAAGGUGAAAGCGAAGUGGUGGGGGAAGUUAAGGAGUACUAGGUAUUAAUGGCCUGUUUCUUUUCUCGAGAUGCAGAUCUUUUUUUCAAAACACGUUUAGUGUCAUUUGAGGUUUUGGUUUUGUUGCUGAGAAGGUUCCAUGGCAUUAAAAUUGAGUUAUGUUUCUCAUGGCCAUCCAAAUCGUAUAUAAAAUUUAGUAAAUAAUUUUUAUUAAAUUUGCAUCUAUGA